AUGAAUCCAGGGCACGGCAAAACAAGCUAUGCACGCAACUCCAGUUUUCAGAAUGCUGAGCAGAACAGGAUGAAGCCUCUGAUAGACGCGGCAAUCACUGACUUAUGCAGCAACACCAACACCUUGUUGCAUGCAGUGAUGAUGAUCGUGGAUGUGGGCUGCUCCUCUGGCCCAAAUGCGGUAGCACUGAUAUCAACUGCCAUUGACGCCAUCCAUGGUCACUACCUUCAGAUAAACCAACCACCACCGGAAGUGUGUGUGCUACUAAACGGCUUGCCUGACAACGACUUCAACAUGGUGGUGAAGAACUUGGUCACGCUUCGUCAAAGCAAGAAGACUAUUGUUGUGACUGGUGUCGCACCGGGGUCAUUUUACGAGCGAUUGUUCACUAGUGACUCCUUGCAUCUUGUCUGCUCGUCCAACAGCUUGCAUUGGCUCUCAAAGGCUCCUGAAGUUUUAACAAGGAACCACAUCCCGGUAUACGACAUUGAUGAACACGCUAGGCGUGAAAGGCUCCCUGUGGUCCGUGAGGCCUAUGCACAACAAUUCAGGAAAGAUUUCUCACUUUUCUUGGAGCUGAGAGCCAAGGAAUUGGUCUCAGGAGGCCGAAUGGUUAUUUCCCUGGUAGGGACGUGUUCUAACGCAAUUGCCUCCAAAUUCAUUAUUUUCCCGGGAAUUGUAGCUCAGAUCCUGAGUGUCCUGGUCGCAGAGGGUGUGAUCGACAAAGCAAAGUUUGAUUCUUUCUACGUGCCAUUGUAUGGACCUUCCAGCGAAGAGCUGAGGGAGAUCAUUGAGGCAGAAGGCUCUUUUUCGAUCAGGGAGAUGCGGGUGCACGACCCUAGAACAUACAUGACCACCACCCUGAGCACCCCAACCAGGUUUGUGAACAAUCUAAGAGCCUUAUUUGAGCCGAUAAUAGUCCAGCAUUUCGGAAAGGUUAUGGAUGAAUUUGCGAUGGCCGCGGAGCUGUAUUGGAGCCUAGAUGGGAACUUGCAAGAGGAGCGUGCCAGAACAUCUCGAACUAUGCUAGCUGUAUCCCUCGCAAAGGCAUGA